AUUUCUUUAUCCAACACCAGUAUCUAAGCACAGACGUUUCAAAGCAAAGCAAAACCAAAAAUGGCUUCUGCUUCUGUUCAAAUUGCUUUGCCACUCAGCUCUGCCACCCAGAGCAGGCUGAACAAGCCAUCCUCCGAAGCCUUCUUCAGGCCAUUACCCCUAAGACAACCAAAAAGGACCAUCUUUACAAAGCCACUGUCAAAAUCCAAGCUUGGAAUUUAUGCAUCUUUGAAGGAGAAGGCACUGACAGGACUAACAGCAGCUUCCGUGGCAGCCUCCAUGGUGAUACCGGAGGCGGCUCAGGCAGCUGGAUCUGAUUUGACCCCAUCUCUCAAGAACUUUUUGCUCAGCAUUUUUGCUGGUGGGGUUGUGCUAGCAGCCAUAAUUGGAGCCGUUGUUGGGGUUGCCAACUUUGAUCCGGUUAAGAGAGCUUAAAAAGUAUGCCUCAAAGCUUUUACAUUUUCUGUCCUUUUCAUUGUUUUCGCUUUCUGUUUCAUGUAAGUUUAUGCAACUGGUUCUGCUGUUUCUUUACUAAAUCCCAGCUGCAAAUUAUCUUUUAUUCA